AUGUCAGUGCUAUCAAGAUCUGUCAAUGCAAUUAUAAUUGUGUAUUUUUUAAAUGUAGCAUUUACUAAUAAUAUAUAUAAAAUUAAAAAUUAAAUUAAGAAUAAGGAAAAUUAAAGAGUUUCAAUAUAAGUAUUGUUUCUUGUAUUUUUAUUCUAAUACUCAUAAUUGUAAGAUAUACAUAAUAUUUUUAUGUCUCAAAAAUAAGUACUAAAUACUUAAUUUUUUAAACAUGUAUUUAUAUAAAUAAAUAAAAUAAAGGAAAUUGGUCAUAUCUUUCUUUGAUUUUCCUUAUUUUAAUUUUUUAAUUUUUUUAUUCAAUGAAUACUUAUAUUUAUAAACAAACUGAUCAAAUUUAAUUAUUAUGUAUAAAUUAUUGUCUAAUAUUAAUAUAAUUACUAAUAAACUAAUAAAUAUUUAUACUUAUAAAUAAACUGAUCAAAUUUAAUUAUUAUGUAUAAAUUACUGUAUAAAAAUUAAUAUCAGUGAUGUUAAAACUUCUAAUAAAACAAAAUUGGUAAGUUUUAUAUUUCUAAGUAAAAAGAUAAUUUUUCUUUGUGUAUGUAACUAUUUUUUUCAUUUUUUAUGUCAGUAUUGCAUGUUACAAUUGUUAUAUAUAUAAUUACACAGAUGAAAUAUAGAGCUAUAUGCAAUGUAUUUUUUUAUGUCAUAUCCGUAAGACAUCCUUUGGAAACUGAUUUAGGUAAGUUUUGUACUGCAGCGCUUUAAAUGAUAAUACAAAAUCCAAAAAUAUGAACAAUAUUGCCAUCUGCUUUGAAAAUUAUUUGUUAAUUUGAACGUGGUGAUAUUUCAUCAAUAAAAGAAUAUGUGGACCAAUAGGUGAUGGUAAUUAGAAUGAAAAAUUUGUUAUACAUUUACAUCUAUUUAAAAAUAUUAGAAAAAAUUAAUCAAAAAGUGAUAUGAAUUGGAUAUAACAUUUUUUAAUGUACAAAUUAACAUUCUAAAUGAAUGAUUCUUAUCCCGCAAACUCGAUUUUGUUGAUUGGACCUAUCAAACGAAUGUUUUUGUAAGUGUAUAUGUUAUUAUUUAUUGUAUAUGUUAUUAUUUAAUAUAAAUCAACACAUUAUGUGGUAUGAAUUACUUUUUUCAAAUCAUUCAAUGAGAGAAUUUCGAAAUCAAAUUCAUGUUUCUUUUUCCUUUUAUUUAUCCAUUUUUUUUAAAUUAACUUUUUUUUAUUUUCUUUUUCAUAGUAUGAUGAUAUUUAUUGGAACGAAUUGAACAACUUGCAUAUGAAGUCAUUUAUUGUUAUAAUUUGUUAGAAUUUUCAUUAUGAAUUAAUGAAUUAUGUAGAGGUUAAAUUUUGCUGACUUUGUAAAAAGAGAUUGUAAUGCAGUUAUUAAGAAAAUAAAUAAUUUCUUCAGGUAAUUUUUGAAUAAUUUUUUUUAAAUAUAUGUUUUAUAUUUUCCAAUUUGCCUUGUUUCUAUAAUUCAAUAAAAUUAUUCCAUUGCAUUUAUUUUAACUAUAAUGUUUCUAGUUUUUAGGUUAGGUUUUAGUUUGCUUUGA